AUGGUCUGCAUCAAGUCUAUCUUGACACUCGGCCUUGUCGCCGGGUCUACGGCGGUUGCCCUGCCCAAGAACGACACUCUCCCGGGAUGCGGAGAGGUCAACGUGUUUUACACUGGUUUGCCUCCAUACCAUAAGUAUGUCCUUGAGCAAGGAUAUCCAGGAGACGAGGCCGCAGGAGCCAUCAAAAACAGCACUAGGGAGCUCAUCAACGCGGGCUACAACGUCAAGAUGUUUUUGGCCGGCCCCGAACAACCUAUGUCUGUCACCGAGGACCGAAUGAAAGGGCGCCACUGGCAUAUCACCGGCGUCGGUUACGGUGUUCGCGGCUCCACUAACGGAGAGGUCAUCACUAAGUUUGAGGACAGCCUUAUGCUUUUUCGUCUCCAGGGUCCCAACUCCCCAACAGUCUUCAACUACAACCCCUGGACCUUCCUGUGGUCUGUCCAGCGUCGCGCCCCUUUGAGCAGCGACUGUGCUGGACAUCCAGGCACUGAUUAUGGAUACGAGGAGGUUUGUGGUGAGGGAUGGUGCUCAAACCCUACCAAAUAA